AUCAGUUAUAUGCGGUUCGUUCAAUUUGACACUCAAUGUUUUCGUAAAAAAAUAUUGGUUUUAAGGCUAAUGGAAAGAGGAGCAGACGAAUAAAUAAUUGAACUUUAUGCGAAAUAAUCUUUAUCUAAUGAUAAUCAAUAAAUUUUUCAUGUUUCACAAAGAAACUGUCUAACUGACGACACGAGAUUAUAGUGUUUACGACAAAGAUACUUCUAAUCAUUAAUAAACACAAGUAUCAUAACAAAAGGAUUUAGUUAAAGGUUGGAAUCUUCACCGUGAAAUCACAUUUCAACUGAAAGAGAUGAGAAAUUUGGUGAUUUUGCAGUUUGUACAAUGGCUGUACUUUGUUGUUCAUGUUGUUGCAGCCUUAAACACGCAAGAGGAAAUUAGCAAAAAUCAUAUACUGCUCGAUUUGAACAAUGUCCAAGCUGUAGAACAACCGGACGAAUGUCAAGAAUCGAAUGUCAGUUUUAAAGGAAAAAGUUUUAAUCCGACACUGUCUCUAGAUGAGCGGUGUGAACAAGGUCUACCAUUGUCGGUUCGUUGGACUAACUAUGGACCUUAUAGCUCUUUGGUAAACUGUUCCAACAAUGGUUCCAACAAAACUUUGUUAAAAGGAAUAAUCGCUGAUGUCAUUAAUGAUAUGUUACCAACAUGUUGUCACAAAGAUUCCAAAGUAGUUUAUGGUCGUUAUAUUCGAACGUUUGAAGAGCUCGUUAGUUUAGAAUCGAAAUACCAGCAUGAAGACAUAAUGUUUCCAAUCAGCUUUCAGAACACAGAAAUUUCAGAAUUCAAAGGACUUCCGGUGGUGCAAUUACUGACAGCUCCUAAGACGACCUUGCUUGUACCAGAAAUAAACAAAAAAGGAAAGAUAUUUGUUUUGUUUCGGACAGUUGCUCUAGCUUGGCCUAUGUUGAUAUUUAUAUUUCUUGCUGCCAUAAUAUCUGGCAUGUCAAUGUGGCUUUUGGAUCUCAUUCGAUUUACAAGACCGCUUGAAUUUCCAACAAAAUUCACAGAUGGCGUAUGGGAAGGAUUUUGGUGGGCAGUCGUUACUAUGACAACCGUGGGGUACGGUGAUCGCGCACCUCGUUUCUUCAUUGGUCGAGUGUUCUGUAUCAUAUGGAUACUUAUAGGAAUGAGCAUUAUUGCAAUCUUUACUGCUAUGGUAACUGCAUCUUUAUAUGCAUCUAUUCAGUAUCAGCUAAUCAUACACGGAUCAGUGAUGGGUACUGUUGGUGCUAGCCAAGAGGAAAUGAUAGGGACAGGAAUGAACGCCAACGUAAAAAGAUUCAAAACACCAAACGAAGUCAUCGAAACUCUAGUGGAGAAAUCAGAACUGGAUAUGGUUAUCAUGGACAGCUAUCUUUUGUCAUUCUAUCAUGAAAUUAUAAAGGAAAAACCAGUGAGAAUUAAGGAUCAUCUGGAACAGCCAAUCAACUACGGUUUUGUUUUAAGUAAAGGCUCCGAGAAUUUUACACAAUGUUUCAGGGCAUACGUCAAAAACUAUCCACAAAAAAUAUUCAAAAGCAUACGAGAUAACAUUCACCCUCUGAAGAACCCGACAGACGAAACAAGUGAAGAACUCCUCGCAUCUCAGGAUUUACUUCGUGAAGGCACGUUCAAGAAAAUCCUCGGCAUCAUGGCAGGAGUAAUAGGCGCCAUAUUUAUCGCUGGAAUUGUUUGGGAGUUCAUCAUUUCUAAAUUUUUAUACAAAAACGCGAAUAAUCAAAAGAAAAAAAACAGGUCUCGAAUCCUUCAAGCAUUGGUCGGUUCUCGUUUGGCACAAUAUACUAAUAAACGCCGGGAAAAUGAAAUGCAACAAAUUGAAGUGAUAAGACAAAAAACGACAAAAAUACGACAACUUAUUGCAGACUUUGAUGAUUUUUACAAGACAUGGUUCGAACAACUAAAACAAGUAACAGAAGAUGACGAAAUAGAGUGGGGAGAUUUUGGUGAAAAAUCAAAAGAUAGCAACAUGUUAACGAUCGCAUAUGAUGGUAACAAAAACGGGUCUCCUUCAAGCCUAUUGGUAAAUAAUGAUGACGUAGAACUUGGCUAAGAAUCACGUGACAUAAAAACCGUAAAUCCUUCUUUAAAAAUUUGACUCUUAACUAUUAUGGUAAUACGAUUUUGUAGACAGCGCCAUAGCCAGCCCACACGUUUUGUCGUGCGGAGGUAAAUAUUUCGGUGUUGACUUACAGUAAAGACAACACAUUUCUAAGAAACAAGUUGUGCCAAUGAUCUUAAAUAACAUAUCAUUAACUUAGACUUGCACGCCGGCCAUGUCAUUGAUUGUACAUUGGUGAAUUAAGAUAAAUGUGGCCAUAAGAUAAAUAAAAUUUUUAAAGAGGUAAA